UCCUUUUAAUUAUUGAUUUGGCUCCGUUUCGCCAUAGAUUUUAAAGUUGUAACUAAAAAUUUGAAAAAUUACAGCUUUUUGGAAUUUGAAGUUAAAGUUUGGACACACAUUUUACAUCAAAAAUAAUUUGAAGUUUUUUCGAGUGGAAGUCCUAAAAACUCAAAAAUUAGUCUGAGUAAAGUUUUUGGAAGUUAUGAAAUUUGAGUUUUUGAAGUUGGGUUUCGAUUAUUAUUUGGAAAAAAUUGAAGUUUUGCACGGGGAAGUCCUAAAAUAUUAGUCUGAUUCGGUUGGUUUACAAAAACUUGAAAAUAUUUGAAGAUCAGAUUUUUGAAAUCUGAUCAAAUUUCGUGAUCGUAUCGAUAUUUGAAAAUAAAUUUACAAAAUCUAUGACGAAACACUAAUUAAAAACAUUAAAUUGGAAUUUGAAAAUUUGAGAUUUUGGAAUUUGAAGUUGUUAGAUUAUCUGCUGCUAAAGAGUUGAAUUUGAUUUGUAAAAGUAAAGGAAAAAUUGUUUCUUGUGAAGAAACUAGAGUCCUAGGGUUCUUGAAGGGGGAAAUCAGUGAAUGAAGAAAAAUUAGGGAAAACAAUGGAGGCUAAUUCCAAGAAUAGUCCAAGGAAAAAGCUUGCUGAUAUCAGCAACUUACCGCUGCGAAAGAGAUUAUCUAGUCAAGCUAAGAAGCCAGAACAUGUCCCAGCUGUUUCAAAAGAGUAUAUAGAAAGGCUCCAGAAGGAAAAUUUGGCGUUGACGAAGAUGUUAGCAGAAAGAAACAAGAUUAUUGAAAUAACUGGAGUAGAGUUGGAGAAACUGAAAAUUUAUGUGCGGAAAAUUCAGCAACAAAAUCAGCAGCUUGCUCAAGCAAACAGUAAAAUGCUUGCGGAACUAAAUUCAGAUAAAGAAACGGUAAAAACAUUACAACACGAGCUUGGAUGCGUAAAGGGCUUACUUAAUGCUAGGAAGUUUGAAGCAGAGCCAGAAACAAAUAUGUGCAAAGAUCUUAAUGAUGAGGUGAAACCCAUGCAGUGUGAGGAAGCAGGAGAUCUUGGGCAGCCCGGUGAACUAAAGCUCCCACUAUGUGCGGGGUCCAAGGAAGGGCCAAACCACAAGGGUCUAUCAUUAGGAAAGGGAGAUGAUGAGAAAGCCAGAAAUCUCAAAAAGAGACCUCAGUCAAAGAGUAUGGGAUCUUCCGAGCAAGUUCAAGCUGAGGAUAAGAUGGAAAAUAAAAGAUCCUGUGUAAGGAGGCAGUCUACUCGGUUUAAACCUGAGGCACUGAAACUAAGUGACGAUUCUUUCGAGGUACUAGACAAAUGUGCUCUGCACCCACCAACAAGUGAUCCAGUGCAAGAAAAUGGUUCUACAUCCAUAUCUAUGCCAUCCAAUGAUCUACAUUAUAAUCCUUCAUCGAGCUCUGAACCUAUACCAUUAGGAAGAUCAUCUCUGAGUAGGCCAUCUAGGGAGGCAGCUAAGAAGGUUCAGUCGUACAAGGAAAUUCCUGUGAACAUAAAAAUGCGAAGACCCCCAUGAACAACCAGCUCUUUAUAUUAUCCUUUCUAAUAUCAGAGCAAGUGCUUGAUGAAUCCCAGAUGAGACUAGUACGUUCAGUCUGAAUCCAUUGGUGUAGAUUGGAGUCUACUUUGUGGUCAAGGAGGACAUGGUUCGUUGUUACUUUCACCUUUGCUCAGGAUUCUUUGGUUGGCUUACAGUGCUUUAGAAUGUGCAGAAUCCAUUUUCCCCCUAUAUCACAUAUUUUGCAAACAAUAUCAGAAAUAAUGUUUCUUUUGAAGAGAAGGAAGCUGAUAUGUAAUCUGUUAUCACAUUAGUCUGAUAAGUUGAUCUUCCUGUAUAUCUUUUAUCCACCACCACUAACCUGGGAAGGUGGUGGUGUAAUGGAUAGGGGAUCCCUACACCCUUAAUAAAGUCUAGGUUUCAAGGCUUUAGCAGACUAUUCAGUAAAUCCGGACAAGAAACCAAAGAAAACCUGUGUCCAUCUAUUGUUUUGAGUGUUUUGAUGUUUCUUCA